CGAACCAUUGUAUUUUCACGGAGCAAGUCCGCCGUGCGCGAUAUAUUUCGUUGGAGUAUUCGAGCAUCGAGGAGUACCGCGGCAGUGUCGAUUUGCUGUCGUCGAUUCAUUGUUCCCGUGGGUGCCGACGCUCACCGACGCCGUGUGUCCGGCCGACGACCGACGGCCGACGGCCGACGGCUGGCCAGGCUGGCGUGCAUGGACGGAAUCGCUGGCAUGAGAGCACCAUAAUACACGGACACGUUCUCCGUGCAGGUGGAGGAGGAGGAGGAACAGUCCAGGACGACAUUACGACGGAGAAACGGAUUUUCGAUUUUGAUCCCGGACUGGGAUUCGAUUCGAGUUGAUCGCAGCGCGGCGCCCUUAUCGGACCAGUCUUUCUUGGAAGGCCAAAGACACUCGCGCUUAUCGAACGAAGGUGGAGGAAGAGGGAAGGAGAGAGAGAGAGAGAGAGGGGGGGAAAAGAGAGAGAGAGAGAGACAGACAAAACGGAUUUUCUUGACUCGAAAAUAAGGGAGACGCGGAGUGACGGGCGGCGGUGCAGUGAUAUUUCAUUGAGGAAGAAAAACAUGCCGGACACGAUGUCGUCACGCCUCGUCGUGUCGGGCAUCGACAGGUUCCGAAAGGUCACCGAGGAAUCCUCGUGACCGAGCUCGAGGAGUAGUGCGCUUGUGUACCCUCUCAACGUUUGAUGUGAAGUGAAGCGAACGUCUCGCUCUGUCGCGUUUAUAUCCAGCUGCCACGAUCACGGUGUGUCGCCACGAUAUAUCUCGAAGCUGACAAUUUUUUUGUUUUUCUUUUCGCUGCUAUUGCGCUCCAGUGCAAUCUCCGGUGAGAUUGCGACGGAAGAAUCGCGAUUACGUGAUCCGAUUUCGAAAAGCUCGUGAUAGAACUCGUCCUCCAAUAUAAUUUGCUCGGGUUAUUAUUACCAUCAUCCAUCUCGGCUAUGGUUGUAGCUAGCAGCGGUGGUUGGGUACAAAAUGCCAGUUCGCCCGCUGGGCAGAACAAUUCCAACCUGAGUUGCCAGAAUAAUACGCAGAACAACAAUAACAAUAACAAUAACAACAACAAUAACAACAACACCCAUCAUCACCAUCACUACAACAACAACAGCAGCAGCAGCGAUAGCAGCAACAAGAUGACCGCGAAAGGCGUCUUAAUCUGCCGGGACAAUUCUCAUCCCUUUCAGGAGCGCACGCUAACAUUGGAGCAGCCGGUAAAGAUCGGUCGUUCGGUGGCGAGGGCGAGAGCCGCGACGAAUAACGCAAUCUUCGAUUGCAAAGUCUUGUCUAGGAAUCACGCGCUGCUCUGGUACUCCUCCGGUAAGUUUUACCUGCAGGACACGUGUAGUAGCAAUGGUACUUUCGUGAAUAAUCAGCGACUGAGCGCCUCCGGGCUGGAGUCGACGCCAAAGGAAGUCUGCUCCGGGGACAUUGUGCAAUUUGGCGUGGACGUUGUGGAGAAUACGAAGAAGGUCACCCACGGGUGUAUAGUCGCAACCUUGAAGCUUUAUCUGCCGGACGGGAAGGAAGCCAAGGCCAGUCUCAGCACCUCCGUCAGUUCACCCGCCGGGAAUGUAUCUCUCGAGGAUCUCUACAAGCUCAAUCAGAUAAUGCAAGAGGCGUCCAGGCGGGAGAAGGCUCUGUAUUCGAAGCUAGGCUAUCUACAGCAAUUAGUGGAGAACACUCGGAAAGCCGCCAACCAAUCGUGGAAGGCACUGAUCACCGAGGACCGUUUACUAUCGUGGGUAAUGACCGUCGAGAGUCAAUUGACGGUGUAUUCGAAGAAUUAUUCCGAGGACAAGAUCAGAAACGAGCUCGCGAAGCUCCAGGAUGAAAAGGCGCAGUAUCAGAAUGCCGCCAAAGAAGCGUUGCAGAAGGUCUUGCAGGAGAAAUUGGAGGUCACUCAGAAACUGGUGCAAUUGGAGGGACGUCUCAACGAAACGGAGGAGGAGUGCCAGAGUUUACACAACGUAGCCAAGUAUACUCAAACGGAGCUUCAGGAACUCGGCGCGAAAUACGCGGAAGCGCAGAAGAAGCUCCAAGAGACCACCAACAAACUCGUCGAGAGCGAGGAGAAGAUCAACGACGUGCUGCUCAGCACGGACCAAGAGAAACGAGACCUCACCAAGCGGCUCGAGGAUCAGUCGAAAAUCGAGAAGAAUUUGCGAGCGAGGUUACACGAUUCCCGUUUAGAUUCCGUCAAUAUUUACAAGCAGAUCACCGCCUUGAGAAAUUACGCGCAGACUCUGCGCGAUAUGAACUUGAAGCUGGAGGUCGGCGAGAAUUUGGAUUUUAAGACCGAGGAGGAUCCCAUAGAGGCUAUAAACACUAUUCUCAACAAAUUGAAUUCUAUUCAUGUCGAUAAUACCGAAGUGGACAGUGAGAUUAAUUUUUACUUCACCAAGACAGGCGAGCAGGACAAUCAGUUUAAUUCGUCAGUGGAUGUGGAUCCGAAGUUGAAAUCUGAUUCUUUUACCAAAGAUGAAAUGGGCGACUCGCAGAUGACAGCCGACGACAGUCUCACGGCACAAUAUAUCCUGCCACCGCCGUUAUCGUCCAGGCGGACCUUAGUUAAUGGAAACUUAGCCAAUUUAGACAACGACGAUACUAACGGAGACUCCGAGGGCACCAACUCCGAAGCGACCGACACGUGCGAUAUGAUUAUGAAUGAUGACACGAGCGAGAAGAGCGUCAUAGAGGACAAGAGGGAGGAACAAACGUCCAAGCAGGCAGCAUCCGUGCCCUGCAACAUGCAAGAAGUACGUGGAUUCGUAAAUGCCAAACGCCAUGGCAAUCAACAACAAUCGGAGGUACAUUUCGAGUCGAUGAAACAAAUUGCCAAAGAGGAUAAAGUCGUGGUGAUUCCGACGGAUGAAGCUGCCUGUGCGAACCCCGAAGAUGCAUUGGACAGUUCUGUCGUUGUCUCUGCGAUGGAUAAGCGCGAUAAAAGGGACGAGCGGCAACAACAGCAGCUUCCAAACAAUGAUAUCGUGCCGGAAUGCGACGAACGCACAGAGGGAGAUUACGUUAAAACUUUAAAACCCGUCACAAAGAACGAUACAACGAUGCAACAAGCUUUCCAAUCCAGAGAUUACAUCCUGCAGACGUUUAUCGGCUCUCUGGAUUCGUUGAGAGGCGAAGAUAGCAUGGAGGCGCGACAGAUAGUGCAAAGGGAGCUGGAGGAAUUGAAGGACUGGCUGAUUCAUGAGCCGAACGAGAUUGUCAUCGGUAGACUGAGGGAUCUGUAUUAUCGCGCGAAGAAUGAGGCGCAGCGAAUGCAGGAGAUCAACGAGGAGCUAGUUAUAGUGAAAGAAAAGUACAACGCAUUUGUCGAGGAGAAAACGGAACUGUCCAAGAAAUACAUGUCCCUUAAGUCACAGUGCGGCGAUCUGCUGAGUGCGACUUACACCGUGCCGAUACAUUAUGUCGCACCUAUCGCGAUUAUGCUAGUGUGGAUGCUGUUGGAGAAAAUGUUCUAAUCGCAUCUCUUUUUCCUUUGCCGCGUCUAACAUUUCCUGUACAUAUAACACGCGCUACGGCGCAACUUUUAUCCUUUUCACAUUUUAUUUUAUUUUUUUUAUAAUAUCGACUGUAAUUGACUGUAAAUUUCGUUAAGCUUAUCCGUUUUGUCGUUUUGAAUUGAUCACAUCGUACACAAUUUAAUGUUUUUAUACAAAUGAUCGUUAAGGAUUGUACACACACACACACACACACACACACACACAUUUACGCGCGCGCACACACAUAAUCAUAUAUAUGUUAAAGUUCCCGAAUCGAGUCUCGGGGUUAGAGAUAGGAUGUCAUUCACGUUAUAAAGUGCGACGUUAAUCAAGAACAUGUCGUGUUAAUACGCCUUAAAGAGGAGCAAGAUCAAAGACGUGACAGAAAUUGCGUUCAUUGAAUUGUUCAUAUAUAUGUAUAUCUCGAACAUGGAAGCUCGAUUUUACGCUCUCUGGAGAGUAAAAGUAGUUGGAGGAAAUGUAAGCACGAUACCACGUAAAAUGUUCAACAUGCUGCCAAGCUGCUGAGUAUCAUAUACGGCUCAAUUUUAUAAAUAUAUAUUAUGUAUUUCGUUGCACGUUUGCUUGUUUAAGCUGUAUGUUUUCUAUAGUACAUUCUAAAGGUUAAAAUAUGUAUCCUUUAUACUGCGAAUGUAGAAUUUAUGAGAAUACUCUCCCACGCGUCUUAAAACAAAAACACAAAUUACAUACAUUCGCACACACUCUCGUUUUCGAUCGUUCAGAACUUUCCUCGUACAUUUGUAAAUAAUUGUAGAAAGCGAAUUCUCCUUUGCGCGCGCAACUAUACAUAUUCAUCAUAUUUCUCUUUUCAUUCGAGUUAGAUAACAUGCUUUUUUUCAAGGUCUUUAAUUGAGGGUAACUUAAAGAUUUGGGAACGAUCUUUGCAGGGAAGUGAGAGGUGGGAGAGAGAGGGAGAGAGAGAGAGAGAGAGAGAGAGAGAGAGAGAGAGAGAGAGAGAGAGAAAAAUGAUUGAUUAUUGCGUAUACAUUAGGGUGAGUAUGUAUCUUGCAGCGUACUCUCGCUUCUCUUUUGAUCACGAGUUUAUUUCUCGGAUGCAAAAUUUCACCGUGAAUGUCACAUCGUUGUCUUGCCCUGAAUCUUUGACCCUUCUUCAAUUUUCUUUCCUUCGUAUACAUGUAUACAUAUUAGGUAGCAUGACAAUAUAAAAAGCAUAUCUGUUUGAGUGACCUAAUAAAAUAAUAAGGGCGCGCGCUGGAUACGUAUGUAUUUCGCAAAAGCGAAUUUCUCAGCACUCAGUACCAUUCUAUCGAUCCUACCUUGGAAUGGCCUUGAUAUCGUCUAAUAACGUCUAAAGCGAGAAGAUCCAAUAUAACUGUAGUUUUCUAUAUUAAUUCUUUUGAUACGAAACUCUAACGGAAAUUGACAGUAUUUUCUUAAUUCGUUAGUUUAGUUUAGAGAGUGCCAUGUCUAUUUCUACCGCAUUAUAGAUAACGAAUCAUUAUGUGUCACGAUGUGAGCAAAGAUGUACAUGACAUUUUCCCCCAAAAAAUAAGCCGCUCGCUCGCUUGCUCGUUCGUUCGUUCGUUCGUUCGUUCGUUCGUUCAUUCGUUUCUUUAUUCGCGAGCUCGAUUAUUCUUGAUGGAUCAAGCGUAUAUAUAAAAUUAUCAAAGUACAUAUAAAUAAAAAUGCUGUAUAUAGUUAUGUUAAUAUAAUCUUACUACUGUAAUAGUUAUUAUACGAAAAGGGGAAAUAAAAGCUAAAUUAAUUAAUUAAAA